AUGGAGGCAAGGAAUUCACAGAUUUUGAAGAAUUCUGUGGUGAUUAAAGUGCUGGGUAACAAUGUGUUUUUUUUGGUUUGUAGCACCGAAUUGAGAAAGCAAUGGAGCAGGUUUGGGGGAUUCCACCUAACGUCGAUUGGUAUGGAUUGGAUCCUGAGCUCAUUCCAUACGAGUGAAGUGGUUGAAGAAGUUUUCAAUGGAGGACCCUGGUACGUAAACAGAUUCAUUGUUGAAAUGGAUAGGUGGUCGGCUGCAUUCAAUCCUAACACGUUUAAAGGAGUUUCGACACUAGUAUGGGUUAGAUUUCCUUGUCUACCAUUGUAUUGCUGGGAUGAGGACAACAUUGCAAGAAUUGCAUCUUGCUUGGGAACGCCAAUGUACAUUGAUGGAAACACAUUCCGAUGGAGUAAAUGGGAGUUUGCUCGAGUGUGUGUAAGGAUUGAUCUAGAGAAAAAGCUUCUGAAUGGUGUGUGGGUGGAUGGCUCAGCAGGGAGGUUCUUUCAAUGGGUUGAAUAUGAGAAAAUUGAUCUUCUCUGUUAUCAGUGUGGUAGAGUUUGCCACAACAGAGUGAUAUGCUCAGAAAAUGUGUCUAUUGGAAUACAAAAUCAAUCUUUGAAGGAGAAGGAGGUAGGUAAGGAAAAUGGUGAGAAGAAAAUGCAGGAGAAUAAAUCCUCAGUGAUUAGUUCCGAAUAUGGUCCAUGGAUCCAUGUUCACUUCAAAGACAGGAGAAACAACAGAGGAAACUUUGCUAGGAAGGGUUUGAAUGCUGAUAGACUUGGCAAUUCUGCCAGGGAAGAAAGCAAUCAGAAGAAUAAUGUACAGUUUGAUAGAAAAAAUUUGAAUAAGAAGGAUAAUGUUGAUGGAAACAAUGUCCUGGCUCCAAAAAGUAGGGAUGAACAUGAAAAACAUGUUGGAAAGGAGAACUCGGAGACUGCUGUAACCAACAGGUUUGCUAUACUUAGUGAAAAUACUGAAGAAAAUUGUUCGGUAGAGCAGGCAAAAGAUAUAAAAACUACAGAAAUAGACCAAGAAUGUAUUGAUGCUGAUAUCAAUAACAGUGGUUUGGGUGUCUUAAGUACUGCUGUCAAGGUGAAGUUGGCUAAGGAAUUGAAAUCACUAGGACCUGUGGAAGUGGAUCAUAAGAAGAAAAAGAGGUAUGAUAGGUUGAACCCCAAGAGUGGGGGGAGAUCAAUUACACCUUUUUAA